CCCGUAGCUCUCGGAAGGCCGCAGCCACCAGUAUCCGACCCCCGGUUCCUCCGCUCGGCCGCUCGCGCCGCCGUGCACAGCCGAGCGCCAAUGGAGCGCCUACACCUCGCGGUGUCCCACCGCCCGGCUCUCCCCCUCCCUACUCCCCACGACCACCUACGCCGCCGCCAUCUGCAGCUGCAGCCCUCCACUAAUUCUCUCUCCCUCUGCCGCCCCAUCUCCCCUCGCUUCUCCCUCGCCCCUUGCCGCCACCUCCAUCCUCUCCUGGCCUCCGCGUCCGCCACCCAAGCUUCAAGCCCCAACACUGAGCCCGCACCGGCGCCGGCCCCCGCCGCGGCCUCGGCCGGCGCGAAGCUGCUCCCCCUCAUCGCCUCCAUCGCGGUCGGCCUCGCAGUGCGAUUCCUGGCGCCGCGCCCCCCCGAGGUGACUCCGCAGGCGUGGCAGCUCCUCUCCAUCUUUCUCUCCACCAUCGCAGGGCUCGUCCUCGGCCCGCUCCCCGUCGGCGCGUGGGCAUUCCUCGGCCUCACUGCUACCGUGGCCACGGGUACGCUCCCCUUCAUCGCGGCGUUCGGGGCGUUCACCAACGAGGUCAUCUGGCUCAUCGUCAUCUCCUUCUUCUUUGCACGGGGGUUCGUCAAGACCGGCCUCGGCGACCGCGUUGCCACCUACUUCGUCAAGUGGUUGGGUGGAAGCACUCUGGGCCUAUCCUACGGUCUCACCAUCAGUGAGGCAUGCAUCGCGCCGGCCAUGCCCAGCACCACGGCGAGGGCUGGAGGGGUGUUCCUUCCCAUUGUCAAGUCGCUGUCGCUAUCGGCCGGCAGCAAGCCGAAUGAUCCAUCAGCGAAGAAACUGGGUGCCUACCUUGUGCAGUCUCAGCUGCAGGCAUCUGGCAACUCCAGUGCUCUCUUUCUGACCGCUGCUGCGCAGAAUCUCUUGUGUUUGAAGUUAGCGGAGGAGGCUGGUGUCAAAAUUGCAAGCCCGUGGAUAUCAUGGUUCAAGGUUGCAAGUUUGCCUGCCAUCAUUUCGCUUUUAGCAACACCUUAUUUGCUAUACAAAAUAUUCCCUCCAGAAAUAAAGGACACUCCUGAAGCCCCUGCAUUAGCUGCUCAAAAACUAAAGAAAAUGGGCCCAGUGACAAAAAAUGAAUGGGUCAUGGUUGCUACAAUGAUUCUUGCAGUCUCACUCUGGAUUUUUGGGGAUGCUAUUGGUGUGUCGAGUGUUGUUGCUGCAAUGAUUGGGCUUUCAAUUCUUCUUCUACUUGGAGUGAUGAACUGGGAUGAUUGCUUGAAUGAAAAGUCUGCGUGGGACACUUUAGCUUGGUUUGCUAUUCUAGUGGGAAUGGCAGGGCAGCUCACUGACCUCGGGAUUGUGUCAUGGAUGUCAAAUUGUGUUGCAAAGGUUCUUCAGUCUUUCUCAUUGAGUUGGCCUGCAGCAUUUGGUGUUCUUCAGGCCUCCUAUUUCUUUAUUCACUAUCUAUUUGCAAGCCAAACUGCACAUGUUGGAGCUCUAUACUCGGCGUUUCUUGCCAUGCACCUAGCAGCUGGUGUUCCUGCUAUACUCUCAGCACUUGCUCUGACGUACAAUUCAAAUCUCUUUGGAGCACUAACACAUUAUAGCAGUGGGCAGUCUGCAGUUUACUAUGGAGCUGGGUAUGUUGACCUUCCUGAUGUAUUCAAGCUGGGGUUUACAGCAGCAGCGAUUAAUGCUUUGAUUUGGGGAGUAGUUGGUACAUUUUGGUGGAAAUUCUUGGGGCUUUAUUGAGGAUUUCUGCGGUGUAAGUUGAUGGAAAUUGUUCUUUACUGCACCAGAAACCUAUGUGGCUCACCAUUUGGAGUGAGCUCAUCUUUCUUCGGAGGUGCUUGGUGAAAUGUAUAAUAAGAGAGGGAUGUUCACCACUCAGAACUUUGAACAUGCUACAUUUGUAAAGAAAGAUCUACCCAGAAGGGUUCACAUAGUUUUCAAGACUGCAUUGUAUCUCUAUAUUGCAGAACUAAAUGCAAUGUAGGGACGAGUUUAGAUCCGGAAGCUCUGUAUUUUCUUACUUGAUGUGGAUAUUGCGUAUGCAAUGACUUUUUGUUUGUGCCAA